UAUUUUAUUUUUAGUCCAGCAGGCUGAAGUUGGACAUAUUUGAUCGAAAACACUGUUUCAAUUCCUAACAGCAGAAUCUGGAAAUCUUUUCUAUUGGCAAGGUUAACUGGCAGGGAGAAACCAUGUUGAGAGCUCCGACACCGAACAGUCUCUCGAAUCACCCGACACCGGAAAACGAAUCUACUUCACAACAGCCUACAACGCCGCCGCAACAGCUACUUUCACAGCAGCUGAGGUCUUCAUCUUUAGCUUCCAGGACUCAUCAACUCCAUCCUGCCCGACCUGCUAUGAUCGAUCUUUUUAACCUCUACUUAGGAGUGAAUGCGCGGAACAAGCAGGAUGAGGCAACCCGAGAACCUCCGAACAAGGCACAGAAGAGAGUUACUGCUCUAAACAGGGAGUUUCCUCCCCAAAAUGAACAAUUCCUUAUAGAUUUUGAGCAACUGCAGAGCCAAUUUACUGACCAAGAACAAUUGCAUGCUGUGACAGAAUCUGUUCUCAUAUCUUUGGUUAUUCAGUGUAGUAGCCAUGCUCCCCGAGCAGAAUUCCUCCUCUUCGCUAUACAUGGCCUGUGUAGCAUAGGGUACAUAAACUGGGAUACUUUCUUUCCAUCUCUUCUUUCUUCAGUUUCAUCAGCAGACAUGUGUGUUGGUCAGGGGAAUCAAAUUGCUGGUACCGGACCAUCUGCUGCUUUAUCACAUUCUGUGAUGCUGUCCAAUUCCAUUACAGUAACUAAUACCUCCAAUUUUCCUUCAUCAAAUCCUGCAUCUCCUUUAUCAAAGAUCCAUGGUAUUGGAUCUCCUGUGCAGCCGGCAGCUGAAACAUCACCUUGUGUCACUUUGUCUGCCAUGAAGUCAUCUGAUGUUAGUGCCGCAGGUCAACAGUCUAUGGCAAGAGCAAAUUUCUCCCUAUGGGACAAUGCACUUACUAGCCUGCAACUAUUGUGUUACAAAAUAAUUCUAACUGGUUUGGAAUCUAAUUUGAAGCCUGCAACACAUGCUGAUAUUUUGCAUCACAUGUUGAAUUGGCUGAUUAGCUGGGACCAAAAAAAUGAGAUGGGUGGCUUUGAUGGGUCAAAACACUGCAAACUUGACAAGGCCCACAUUGAGUGGCUACACAGUUGCUUAGAUGUGAUAUGGUUGCUUGUUGAGGAUGAGAAAUGUCGUGUACCUUUUUAUGAACUUCUCCGAGGUGGAUUGCAAUUUAUAGAAAAUAUACCUGAUGAUGAGGCAUUGUUCACUCUUAUUUUAGAGAUCCACCGGAGGAGGGACAUGAUGGCUAUGCACAUGCAAAUGUUAGAUCAACACCUUCACUGCCCAACAUUUGGCACUCCAAGACUUUUGCCUCAGGGAACCUCAAAUAUGUCUUGUGAACAGGUGACUAACAUGAGAUACUCGCCGAUUACAUACCCCAGUGUGCUAGGAGAACCGCUACAUGGAGAGGAUCUUGCUGCUUCUAUCCAAAGAGGAAGUCUGGAUUGGGAGAGAGCUGUGCGAUGUCUAAGACAUGCUCUUCGCAGCACUCCAUCACCAGACUGGUGGAGGCGUGUACUUCUUGUGGCGCCUUGUCACAGACCUAGUGUACAGGCUCUGACUCCUGGUGCAGUAUUCACAUCUGAAAUGAUCUGUGAGGCAAUAAUUGAAAGGAUUGUUGAGUUGUUAAAGCUGACUAAUUCAGAAAUGAAUUGCUGGCAGGAGUGGCUCAUAUUUUCUGAUGUAUUCUAUUUUCUUAUGAAAAGUGGAUGCAUUGAUUUUGUUGAUUUUGUGGACAAGCUAGUAUUACGGCUCCAGGAAGAUGAUCAACAUAUACUUAGGACGAAUCAUGUCACAUGGCUGCUGGCACAAAUUAUUCGGGUUGAGCUAGUGAUAAAUGCUCUGAACCUGGACUCAAGAAAGGUGGAGACAACCAAAAAAAUUGUGUCGUUUCAUAAAGAUGAGAAAAGCUGUGACCCUAAUAGUCCCCAAAGUAUCCUCCUUGACUUUAUAAGCAGUUGUCAGAACUUGCGGAUUUGGUCACUCAAUACAUCAACUAGAGAGUAUCUGAACAAUGAGCAACUUCAAAAGGGAAAGCAAAUAGAUGAAUGGUGGAAGCAAGUGAGUAAAGCGGAACGCAUGAUGGAUUAUAUGAAUUUGGAUGAUAGAUCAAUUGGGAUGUUUUGGGUUGUAUCUUACACAAUGGCACAGCCUGCUUGUGAAAUGGUGAUGAAUUGGUUAACUUCAGCUGGUUUUACAGAGUUAUUAACUGGACCAAAUGUGCAGUCCACUGAGAGAAUAAUGAUGAUGCGUGAAGUUGUCCCAUUGCCAAUAUCAUUGCUCUCAGGGUUUUCUAUAAAUUUGUGCAUGAAACUUGCUCUUCAGAUGGAGGAUUGUAUGUUUUCCGGACAGGUACCUAGCAUUGCUAUGGUUGAAACAUAUUGUAGGUUGCUGCUCAUAUCUCCUCAUUCACUAUUUCGCUCCCACUUAAAUGUACAAAAGGGAUUCUAUGUUGGAGGAAUGAGUGUUGGGAACAGUAGGGUAACAUGCAGGCAAAACGUUAGUGGCAUAGUUGAGAACUUCGAAAUGGACAUGUGGCAAAAGUGUAAAACUGCAGACAAAAUAAGGAAUGACAUGAUAGAAGAGAAGGCGAAGUAGCACCGAUUUGAGAUUAGAGGAGCACCUGACACAGAGAAACCAAGCCACCUUAACCAGGCCUGGGAAUACAAUAUUGGUUUUUGAAAUUUUCAACUAUCGCUUACUUCCACUGUACAGAUACCAAGGGAAAAGCAAGACAUUAAUGUAUGAUGUCACCAAAAUGAUAUCUACAUUAAAGGGGAAACGUGGUGAUCAUCGAAUUUUCAGAUUAGCUGAAAAUCUGUGCAUGAAUCUUAUUUUAUCAAUGAGAGAUUUUUUCUUUGUGAAGAGAGAAGGCAAGGGUCCAACAGACUUCACUGAGACUUUGAAUCGCAUGACCGUUACAACUCUUGCAGUCAUUAUUAAAACUCGUGGAAUUGCAGAUUUUGAGCACCUACUCUAUCUACAAACAAUGUUGGAACAGAUAUUGUCAACUAGUCAGCAUUCUUGGUCAGAGAAAACACUUAGAUACUUCCCAUCUAUCUUACGUGAUGCAUUGAAUGGCCGAAUGGAUAAAAGAACACUUACUAUUCAAGCAUGGCAACAGGCCGAAGCAACUGUAAUUAAUCAGUGCACCAAGCUACUUACAACAUCAGCUGAUCCAACAUAUGUUGUUACUUACCUUAACCACAGUUUUGCUAUGCACCGCAUAUAUCUUUGUGCUGGUGCAUGGAUACUAAUGCAUGGGCAUCCUGAGAAUAUCAACAGCGGGAACAUGGGACGUGCAUUGAGAGAGUUUUCUCCUGAAGAGGUUACCCUCAAUAUAUACACGAUGGUUGAUGUUUUGCUUCAUCAUAUUCACUUGGAAUUGCAGCGAGGACAUCCUUUGCAGGAUCUUAUGGUAAAAACAGUUUCCAAUCUUUCAUAUUUUAUCUGGACCCAUGAGCUGCUUCCUUUGGACAUCUUGCUGCUUGCACUUAUUGAUCGUGAUGAUGAUCCACAUGCUUUGCACAUUGUGAUUAAUUUACUUGAUUCUAAGGAGCUUCAACAAAAAGUGAAACUGUACCUUGUAAAUCGCGGCCCACCAGAGAAUUGGGCACAAACUGUACCUUUCAAGCGUGCUGACUUGCAGAAAGCUCUUGGAAGUCAUCUCUCUUGGAAGGAGAGGUAUCCAACAUUCUUUGAUGACAUUGCGGCACGCUUGCUUCCAGUCAUCCCCCUAAUCAUCUACAGAUUUAUUGAAAAUGAUGCUAUGGAUGCAGCUGAUAGAAUCCUGCAAAUUUAUGCUUCCUUUCUCCAUUACUAUCCUCUAAAUUUUACAUUUGUUCGUGAUAUUCUUGCAUAUUUUUACGGCCAUCUUCCUGGGAAGCUAAUACUCCGUAUAUUAAAUGUGUUGGGUAAAAAGGUUCCAUUUUCUGAGCCAUUUCUUCAGCACAUUAACUCAACUAAUGCAUCAAUGUGCCCUCCAUUGGAUUACUUUGCCACCCUUUUAUUGGGUUUGGUAAAUCAUGUUAUUCCUCCUCUAAUUAGCUCAUCCAGAUCUCCACAAGCGGGAGAUGUCUCAAGCAGCUUUGGCCGUGCUCCACCUACCAAGGUACAUUUAAGUUCUCAACCUGGAUCAACAAAUACUUGUGAAGGCCAGAAACCUUUUUACCAACUUCAAGACCCUGGGACGUACACCCAACUGGUGCUUGAAACAGCCGUAGUUGAGAUACUCUCUUUUCCUGUUUCUGCAUCCCAAAUUGUUUCUUCACUCGUUCAAAUUGUUCUUCAUAUACAACCAACACUUGUUCAAUCAAGCAAUGGCCUACAUGGAACUCCUAGCAAUGUUGGACAGAGCUCACUUUUGCCUACUUCUCCCUCUGGAGGGAGCACUGAUUCACUUGGUGCUACCAGGGCAGCCUCUUCUGUUCCUGGUACAAAUGCUUCUGUUUUUGUGUGGCGAACUGGUUAUACAUGCCAGCAGUUAUCGUGCUUGUUGAUCCAAGCAUGCGGUCUUCUUUUAGCUCAACUCCCUCCAGAGUUUCAUGUGCAACUAUAUUUAGAGGCUGCACGUGUGAUAAAAGAGAGUUGGUGGCUCACUGAUGGACAAAGGUCUGUUGGUGAACUAGAGUCUGCUCUUAGCUAUGCACUUUUAGAUCCCACAUGGGCUGCCCAGGAUAAUACUUCAACAACCAUUGGUAACAUUGUUGCUCUCCUACAUGCGUUCUUCAGUAACCUUCCACAGGAAUGGCUUGAGGGAGCACAUCUCAUUAUCAAACAUUUGAGACCUGUGACGUCUGUGGCUGUGCUGAGAAUAUCCUUUCGUAUUAUGGGUCCUUUACUACCGCGAUUGGCAAAUGCUCAUCCUCUUUUCAAUAAGACACUGUCACUGCUUUUAAACGUACUGGUGGAUGUCUUUGGGAGGAGCACACAGCCACCAGCUCCUGUUGAGGCUUCAGAUAUAGCUGAUAUCAUUGACUUCCUGCAUCAUGUGAUCCAUUAUGAGGGACAAGGAGGGCCGGUUCAAGCAAGCAGCAGACCUAGAGCUGAAGUCCUUGCUCUAUGCGGAAGGGCAGUCGAAAGCUUACGCCCAGAUGUGCAGCAUCUUCUUUCUCAUUUGAAGACUGAUGCAAAUUCAUCUAUUUAUGGGGCAAUGCACCUAAAGUCUGUUCAAGACUCCUCUUAGUUUCUUUUAUCUCACGUAAAUACGUAAUAGUAGAAGGUGAUGACUCCUACAUUGGGUUUGUACCACUGCAUCUUACAACAUUAUCGGGAUAUUUCAUAGCUCGGUCUUGACAAGAAAGUCGAUUGUUUUGCUACUAAAUGUAGUCAUUAUUGUCUUGGAUGCGUAGGUAUAAUAUAUGGCACUAUUUUGCUGCUUAUAGUAUUCACUC